CGCCAGAAGCUGUUAGGCUGAGGCUGCUGUCCCGGCGGGAGCUGAGGCGCGGAGCGGCUCCUCUGCUGCGUUUGCCCUCGUUUUGUCUCACGACUCACACUCCGUGCUCAUCCCCCAAGAGUUCGCGUUCCCCGCGCGGCGGUCGAGAGGCGGCUGCCGCGGUCCCGCGCGGGCCCGGGGCGAUGGCGGCGCGGGGGUCGGGGCCCCGCGCGCUCCGCCUGCUGCUCUUGGUCCAGCUGGUCGCGGGGCGCUGCGGUCUAGCGGGCGCGGCGGGCGGCGCGCAGAGAGGAUUAUCUGAACCUUCUUCUAUUGCAAAACAUGAAGAUAGUUUGCUUAAGGAUUUAUUUCAAGACUACGAAAGAUGGGUUCGUCCUGUGGAACACCUGAAUGACAAAAUAAAAAUAAAAUUUGGACUUGCAAUAUCUCAAUUGGUGGAUGUGGAUGAGAAGAAUCAGUUAAUGACAACAAACAUCUGGUUGAAACAGGAAUGGAUAGAUGUAAAAUUAAGAUGGAACCCUGAUGACUAUGGUGGAAUAAAAGUUAUACGUGUUCCUUCAGACUCUGUCUGGACACCAGACAUCGUUUUGUUUGAUAAUGCAGAUGGACGUUUUGAAGGGACCAGUACAAAAACAGUCAUCAGGUACAAUGGCACUGUCACCUGGACUCCACCGGCAAACUACAAAAGUUCCUGUACCAUAGAUGUCACAUUUUUCCCAUUUGACCUACAGAACUGUUCGAUGAAAUUUGGUUCUUGGACUUACGAUGGAUCACAGGUUGAUAUAAUUCUAGAGGACCAAGAUGUAGACAAGAGAGAUUUUUUUGAUAAUGGAGAAUGGGAAAUUGUGAGUGCAACGGGGAGCAAAGGAAAUAGAACCGACAGCUGUUGCUGGUAUCCGUAUGUCACUUACUCAUUUGUAAUCAAGCGCCUGCCUCUCUUUUAUACCUUGUUCCUUAUAAUACCCUGUAUUGGGCUCUCAUUUUUAACUGUACUUGUCUUCUAUCUUCCUUCAAAUGAAGGUGAAAAGAUUUGUCUCUGCACUUCAGUACUUGUGUCUUUGACUGUCUUCCUUCUGGUUAUUGAAGAGAUCAUACCCUCAUCUUCAAAAGUCAUACCUCUGAUUGGAGAGUAUCUGGUAUUUACCAUGAUUUUUGUGACACUGUCAAUUAUGGUAACUGUCUUCGCUAUCAACAUUCAUCAUCGUUCUUCCUCAACACAUAAUGUCAUGGCACCUUGGGUCCGCAAGAUAUUUCUUCACAAGCUUCCCAAACUGCUUUGCAUGAGAAGUCAUGUAGAUAGGUACUUCACUCAGAAAGAGGAAACUGAGAGUGGUAGUGGACCAAAAUACUCUAGAAACACAUUGGAAGCUGCGCUCAAUUCUAUUCGCUACAUUACAAGACACAUCGUGAAGGAAAAUGAUGUCCGUGAGGUUGUUGAAGAUUGGAAAUUCAUAGCCCAGGUUCUUGAUCGGAUGUUUCUGUGGACUUUUCUUUUCAUUUCAAUUGUUGGAUCUCUUGGGCUUUUUGUUCCUGUUAUUUAUAAAUGGGCAAAUAUAUUAAUACCAGUUCAUAUUGGAAAUGCAAAUAAGUGAAGCCUCCCAAGGGACUGAAGUAUACAUUUAGUUAACACACAUAUAGCUGAUGGCACCUAUAAAAUUAUGAAAAUGUAAGUUAUGUGUUAAAUUUAGUGCAAGCUUUAACAGACUAACAGUUGCUAACCUCAAUUUAUGUUAACAGAUGAUCCAUUUGAACAGUUGGCUGUAUGACUGAAGUAAUAACUGAUGAGAUACAUUUGAUCUUCUAAAAAUAGCAAAAUAUUAUCUGAACUGGACUAGUGAAAAAUCUAGUAUUUGUAUCCUGGCAAAUAAUACUAAUUUAUAAUCCACAGUAAAGUUCAUCCUUUGACUGUGCUGGAGAAUUCCAGUUGUAUUUGAAGACUGAUAGACUGAUUUUAAAACUUUUCUGCAUUUGGUAAAGGUAUGUAAACUUUCCUGUACUCACUGAGUAACAGCUAAUCUUUAAUAUAAUAUUAUACUGCUAUAUUUAAAAAGCUGACUACUUGAUAUAAUUACUUAAUGUGAUGCUUGAUAUAAUAAUUACUUAAUGUGGCCAGGCACAGUGGCUCACACCUGUAAUCCCAGCACUUUGGGAGGCCGAGGCGGGCGUAUCACCUGAGGUUGGGAGUUCAAGACCAGCCUGACCAACAUGGAGAAACCCCAUCUCUACUAAAAAUACAAAAUUAGCCAGGGUGGUGGUGCACACCUGUAAUCCCAGCUACAUGCGAGGCUGAGGCAGGAGAAUCACUUGAACCCAGGUGGCGGAGGUUGCGGUGAGCUGAGAUCAUGCCAUUGCACUCCAGCCUGGGCAACAAGAGCAAAACUCCGUCUCAAAUAAUAAUAACAACAACAACUUAAUGUGAUGCUGCUUUUCCAUAACCAACAUUUUAAAAAUAAAUGAAAAACAGGAAUUGGGAACUCCUUUAAGGCUUAUUCUUUAGAUGCUUAAACUUAAUAAUUAUUGUGUUAACUACUUCUGUAGCUUACCUUCCAGUGUAAAGUCAUACAGUAGACAACUCCUGUGGACAUGCAGUAGCAUAUCCUUAACAUUAAUUUCAAUCCUCUUGUCCACAUUUCCCACAAUUAAUAGAACCAUCUUCUAUAUAAAUUGUGGUAGUAUCUCUUUAUCCUUGAUCUUAGAAUAGUCAGUCCACUACAAUUACAUGAACCCCAUUUAAGAAACAUACUUAGGGCCAGGGGCAGUGGCUCACAUCUGUAAUCCAAGCACUUUGGGAGGCUGAGGCGGGUGGAUCACCAGAGGUUAGGAGUUCGAGACUAGCCUGACCAACAUGGUGAAGCCCAGUCUCUACUAAGAAUACAAAAAAUUAGUCGGGCGUGGUAGCAGGCGUCUGUAGUCCCAGCUACUCAAGAGGCUGAGGCAGGAGAAUCGCUUGAACCUGGGAGGUGGAGGUUGCAGUGAGCCGAGAGACUGUGCCAUUGCACUCCAGCCUGGCAACAAGAGCAAAACUCUGUCUCAAACAUAUUUUGGUCUAAAUCAUUCUGUGAGAAAACAAUCUUCUAAUAUGAAAAAUAGUGUUCUAAUUUGGCAUAUGCACACUGUUAUAUACCUGUAAUAUUUCAGUUUUCUCUCUUCAUUCUAACAAUUACAAUAAUAGAAUCUUAGAGUUGCAAGGGCCUUUAGAUGUAAUCAAUCUUAGCCUAUUAUUAGUACAGCAUAAAUGAUUUAGUACAGUAUAAUGUAUCACAGUUAAAACAGUUAAAUUCCAUCUCUAAAUGUCACCACUUCAGGUGUGACCAGGUAGCAAACACUGACAGAAACCCUCUGUUCAAUUUAGAACUCUUAGCUGUUGAGAUCACAAACACCUCAUUUAUUUAUAAUAAGUAACCUAAGUUCAAGCCAAUGUUCUUUGGAAGGCAGAGACCCUAUCUAAUUUGCAUUUAAUUGUAGGCAGGUGUUUAAUGCCAUUUAAUGAGUGAAAGCCUGGUGUGAUGAAU